UUUGUAGCGUGUGAUCUCCUCCAACCACUUCCGUAUAAUCGGCCUACGUAUUCGCUGACCCUUGCAAAGAUGAAGUCUACAGUUUUAUCACUUUUGAUUCUUUUGGCAAUGAUCUCGAUCGUUUGGCCAGAGAUGACCUGUGCAGAACAGUGUGCAGAAAGUUAUUUGGACACAAUGCGACAACAUCCAGAAUAUACUUCAAUUCAGUUAAAAACUACAUCACUUAAAUGUAUUCAAGAUUGUCAUGAUGCAAUGAGAAAAUGAUUUUCUUUGGGAGCAUUGUCUCAUUUUAUCCAUACAGGUUACUGCCAAAUUAACAUUUACCAGUUAUGUACUAAUUCAUUUUUAAACAAUAAAUAAUCAAACCUCUU